AUGUGCUCGUACGCUGGGGCUGAUUGGCUCGGCCGGUUGGAACAGACCAGGCAUUGGUCCGAGGACGAAUGCGUGUGCGAGGACGAUAAAGACAAAAAGGGCGAGCGGGAGGACGAGCUGGGAAAGACGAAGGGCAGGGAGCGAGGGACGGACUGCAAAGACACGGUUGAUGGGGGCCGCGGAUACGGGCGAGAGGCCAUGAUGUUGGGGAGGUGGAGGCGGAGCUAA